CCGCCGUCGCUCCGUGACCCCCGACAAAAGGAGCGGAGCGACGGACGGUGAAGUUCGUUUCUCCAUCAUGAGGCUCUUCCUGUUCCCGCUCCUCGUCCCAGUUGUGGUCGACUCUCAGCUGCUGUCGCUGUCAGGGAUGUACGGCAGCCUGCAGAGCCCAAACUUCCCGGAGCCGUACCCUCAAGACAUGGAGCUGCAGUGGAACGUCACCGUUCCUGAUGGCUUCCGGAUCAAACUCUACUUCAGCCACUUCAACCUGGAGCCGUCCUACCUGUGUGAAUACGACUACGUCAAGGUGGAGGCAGAGGGGGAGGUGCUGGCAUUGUUCUGUGGUGCCGAGGAGACAGACACGGAGGCGGUGCCAGCUCAACAGGUUAUCAACUCGCCCAGAAACUCCCUCAGUAUCUUGUUCUCCUCGGACUUCUCCAACGAGGAGAGCUACUCCGGGUUCAUGGCUCACUACAGUGCUGAGGAUGUAGACGAGUGCAGCGACCGCAGUGAUGAAGACCUGUUCUGUGAUCAUUUCUGUCACAACUACAUCGGAGGAUACUACUGCUCCUGUCGUUAUGGUUACCUGCUGCACACUGACAACCGCACCUGCAGAGUGGAGUGCAGCGGCGGUGUGUUCAGGGAACGCUCCGGUGUUCUGAGCAGUGUCGAUUUUCCUGCUCCUUACCCAAAGAGCUCCGAGUGUCUGUAUCGUAUCGAGGUGGAGCCAGGCUUCAGGCUCCUCCUCCAGUUUGAUGCCACAUUUGACGUGGAGGACCACCCUGAUGUCAGCUGCCCCUAUGACUAUGUCAAGAUUACAGCAGGAAGCAGAGAGCUUGGUCCGUUCUGUGGAGAUCGAUCGCCAGGAGUCAUUGACACCAGCAGUAACACUGUCACCGUCUUCUUCCACAGCGACAACUCAGGAGAAAAUCUUGGCUGGAGACUCACAUAUACCGCUAUAGGAAGUCAGUGUCCGGUACCCGAGAUCCCAUCUAAUGCCCUGAUAUAUCCUAUCCAAUCAGAAUACUCCUUCAAAGAUCACAUCCUGUUCACCUGUGAGCCUGGGUACAGGCUGCUGAAGUUUCAGGAUGGUGAGUUUCUGGAUCACUAUCAGGUGGACUGUCAGUCUGAUGGGUCGUGGAGCAGCAGUCCGCCUCAGUGUCAGAUGGUGGAUUGCGGGAGUCCAAAGAUGGGCAGCAUGGCAGAUGUGGUGUUUGGUAACCAUGACAACAGCACACUGUUUGGAUCGACUGUUCGUUAUGUCUGCAGGGACAACACCUUCCAACUACACCCCAACAAAAGUUCCUACAGCUGUGGUCAGAAUGGGCAGUGGAUAAAUUCAGAUGUAGGAACCAAGUUGCCGAACUGUCUGCCAGCUUGUGGCCAGCCCUCCCGCACUCUGCCCCCUCAGGUGAAGCGGAUUGUGGGUGGUUGGAGUGCCGAGCCCGGCCUAUUCCCCUGGCAGAUUCUGCUCAGUGUGGAGGAUCUGUCUCGGGUCCCUGAGGACCGCUGGUUUGGUUCUGGGGCCCUGCUGUCUGAGUCCUGGGUUCUCACAGCGGCCCAUGUCCUGAGGUCCCGGAGAAGGGACACCAGCAUUGUCCCCGUGGCCCCUGAGCACGUGAAGGUCUUCCUCGGCCUCCAUAACGCCCGAGACAAACGCCUGGCGACAAACCGCUCGGUUGAGGAAAUCUUCCUCCAUCCAGACUUCCAACCGAACAACUACAACAAUGACAUUGCCCUGCUGAAGCUGAAGGACCGGGUGGAGCUGAACAAAGUCAUCCGUCCAGUCUGUCUCCCUCCAGCUCAGAACACGGAUGACCCCCCCACACCUCUUCCCAACUCUCUAGGCAUAAUUGCUGGCUGGGGCAUCUCUAACCCCAAUUCUUCUAUGUCAUCCUCCCAUGGGGACCCCCCCACGCUAACCUCUGACCCAGCAGCGACCGCUGACCUUGGGGUGACCUCUGACCUUCUCCAGUACGUGAAGCUGCCGGUGGUUCCCCAGGAUGAGUGUCAGGCAAGCUACACCUCACGCUCUGUCAACUACAACAUCACCAACAACAUGUUCUGUGCCGGGUUCUUCGAGGGUGGAAGGGACACAUGCCUUGGGGACAGCGGGGGGGCAUUUGUGAUGGAAGACCAGGACAGGCAGAGGUGGCUGGUGUUUGGGUUAGUGUCCUGGGGUGGGCCAGAGGAGUGUGGGAGUCAGAGGGUGUACGGGGUCUACACAAGAGUGGCUAAAUAUGUGGAGUGGAUACAGAACCACCUUCAGACUGCCCCCUGAUGGUGAGACAUAUCUCAGCUGAGACUGACUGAGGACGUCGGCUCACAGCGUGAUGGAUGAAGGGAACUGCCACAGUCUGUUGGCAUUAUGUCAGAUUCAGAUCUUGUAACUACAUCAUCACCUUCUUCUUAAUAUUAGAGACAGCUCAUGCUAAAGGAGUUUUCAGAAUAAAUGUGCAGGUCUUGAUUUUCCGAUCUGUUCCAUGCAGAUUCUCAGGCUGAACAAACAAAGUUUCCAAGCUGAGCCCCCAUUUCAGAGUUAAUUUGAUAAUACACAGUAUGCAUCUAGCAUUCAACACAGAAGCAGGAAAAACUGGUAUGAAACAAGAGGCACAAUGUUCAGGCACAGAUACAGAGAUAAAAAUUAUAACAAAUAAAAUGCAAAAUCAAAGAAGAAAUGUGUGCUAGGCUAUAUUUUACUAGGGCAGAAAUCCUCGGUUGUCAAAGGUUUAAGUCUUCAUCGGUUAAUGUAGACCUGCAUUUUGUUCAGUGAAAGGGUUAGGUAUUAGGGUUAAUGUCUGUGUUUGGUAAAGUGAGACAGAGCUCAGUAUUGAUCCUGUCAUUGAUCUGCACUGCUACAGAGACACUAUGCCAACUGGACCUGAGCAGCUCCACCUGCUGAGGUUCACUUCAGCUAAUGUUCCUGCCUCUCAAUGUUUUAUGUUCUACUCCAUUCACUCACAGAGGAGAAGCCAUCACGAGUCUUUUCAUGAAAGACCUGAAGUAAAACACUCGGUAACACAUUUUCUAUCCCAGAAUCCUCUGCUGUGUUUACUCACUGCCUGUCAACAUCUAGAUACAGACUGCAGUUCAUGUGUCCAAUCGAAUAUCUCAUUACUAGAUUUAUUCUGCUAGACAGGAUAGCGCCACCUUCAGGACAAACAUUAGUUCAGAACAGAAAGUCAUGUUUCAAAUGAACUCUGCAGCCUGUGGGAGGCGCUAACAGGACCAAAGCUGCCUCUACAGGGUAACAACAGAUGAUCUCAGAUGAGAAAACAAAGAGUGAAGUCUAAGUUUUUAUCCAGAAGAAAAUCAGAUCUAAACAUAUUCUCAAUUUCUGUUCUGUUGUUAAUGGACAUGUAUUACAACCUCAAAACAGAAAAGCUUGGGACAGCAUGUAAAAUCAAAAUUAAAACUGUGAACAGUGAUGUGUAAAUCACCUGUGUUACUUUGAAACCAAUCCA